CUAUUGACCUUCAGGAGGUGGUGACCACAAGGUGAACACCCUUAACUUGUCCCUAUUUAAUACCAAAGGCUUGAGGCAGAAGCUAUAGUCGUUCACGUUAAUCAUUCGUGGCUUGAUCAUUUUCUUGUCUUAAAUGAAACCAACAGCAACUAUGACAACUUAUCUGUGUCUGGCUUUGCUGCUAUUUGCCCUGCUGCCACCAUCACAUGCAGCAUGCAGCCGACGGUCGGUCAGAGCCGAUGCGACACAUUGCUUUGAUGAGGCGGACAAUAAGUGGUACCCCAUUGGAUCAAGUUGGAGGAACAGUGCCUGCAUGGAUUGCACUUGCGAUGAAUGUUGUGAUGCGUAUUCCACUCCCAGGCACUACCCUGAAGAUUGUGUGUCAGUUUUUGACCGUGUGGCAUGUAAAUACAAUGUUCACAAGAGGGAUAACCCUAAUGAACCAUGUCCGAUUUUCGGGUCAGUUGGGAAGUGAUGAAGAAAACGACAUCCUUCACUCAGCCUUUUAUACAUUUGCCACACAAAGAGCCAAGCUCACGGAAGGAGAACGUGUGAUGUACUUACAAAUGUAUAAGGUGAAAAGUGGAAACAAUAAAACAUACAAUACCAUA